UUACUUUUUGGAACUUUAGAUAUUAUCGUGACAAAUCAUGUUUACACAAUUGUCAAAAAUGAGAAGAUAAGCUGGCUAUCCAAUAGUCAAUUCAGAGAGACAGAGAGAAGAAAGAAAUGGCUGAAGCUAUUCCAAGAUUUACUUGGAACACCAAAUUCUCAAGCUCUUCUUCCAUUUCUCGUCUCUCUCCUAAUUUCCAUCUCCUUUCCACCAAUACCAAGAGAUCACAACAGCUAAGUAAUGGCAAUUUCAGUUCUCAUUCCAAUUCAAGAAUUCAAUGCGAAGCAGCAAGCUUGGAUGGAGCAAAAACAGCCCCAACACAGAUCAAGAAACCGAUAAACCGAUAUGAAAUGGUUAACUUGACAACAUGGCUGUUGCGGCAAGAACAAGCAGGCAACAUUGAUGCAGAAUUAGCCAUAGUUCUUUCGAGCAUAUCGUUAGCCUGCAAGCAAAUUGCUUCACUUUUACAAAGGUCAAGUAUUGUUAACCUUACUGGAGCUCAAGGCACUGUUAAUAUCCAAGGUGAAGAUCAGAAAAAACUUGAUGUUGUAUCCAAUGAGUUAUUCUGCAAUUGUCUAAGAUCAAGUGGAAGGACAGGAAUUAUAGCAUCAGAGGAAGAAGAUGUACCAGUUGCAGUUGAAGAAACUUACUCUGGAAAUUACAUUGUGGUGUUUGACCCCAUUGAUGGAUCUGCUAAUAUAGAUAUUGCCUUAACCACUGGAUCAAUAUUUGGAAUUUAUGGUCCAGAUCAAGUAUGCCUUGUAGACAUGGAUGAUGAUUCCACGAUUGACCAAGCCAGGGAAAAGUGUAUCGUUAGCGUUUGUCAGCCAGGGAGCAAUUUAGUAGCAGCAGGAUAUUGUCUUUAUUCAAGUUCAGUGGUUUUCACACUCUCAGUUGGAAAUGGAGUACAUGCAUUUACUUUAGAUCCAGCAUAUGGAGAAUUUGUUUUGACACAUGAAGAUAUCAAAAUACCAAAGGCUGGAAGAAUCUAUUCCUUUAAUGAGGGAAAUUAUGAUCUAUGGGAUGAGAAAUUGCAGAAUUAUCUUGACCACUUAAGACAACCAGGUCCGAAUGGCAAGCCAUAUUCAGGCCGUUACAUUGGUUGUCUUGUGGGUGAAAUCCACAGAAUGUUGUUGUAUGGCGGUAUUUAUGGUAAUCCUAAGAACAAGAACGCCAAGAAUGGGAACUUGAGGCUCUUGUAUGAAUGUGCUCCAAUGAGCUAUAUCAUAGAACAAGCCGGUGGCAAAGCAACAGAUGGCACCCAAAGGAUACUGGAUAUCAUGCCUGAGCAGAUACAUCAACGAACGCCUAUUUUUAUUGGAAGCCCAGAAGAAAUUGAGAAGCUGGAAAAGUACCUUGCCUGAGAGCUAUCCAAUUUGAUUUCAUCCGACAAAAUGCAAGUUAUGUACAAUAGAUAUUUUAGUGUAUCAAACACACAAAAUGUACCUAGAGGCUUCUCUGUUACUCAAAUCCAUUACUAAUGAAAGAAUAGUGACUCUUAAAAAGGUCAUUCUAUUGGGUUUCAUGAA